AUGAGGCUUCAAUGGCUAGCAGCGCUUUUUUCCCUCGGUGUACUUGCAUCAGCGACCCCUGCACCUCUUCCCGGGAGCGAGGAUAUCGUCGUUCGCGAUCCUGCUAUCUGGUACAACGCCGAUCUUGGCAAAUACUUCGUCUUCGCCACCCGCGAGGGCAUCAAAAUAUAUACUGCGCCUUCAUUGAAAGGACCCUGGACCCGCGAAGGCUCCGUCCUUCCCAACUGCUCCUCCAUCCAACUCGACGGCAACUGCAAGCUCUGGGCGCCCGACGUCAACUACAUCAACGGGGAGUAUGUCUUGUAUUACUCCGUCUCGACUAUCGGCAGUCAGAAUUCGGCUGUUGGUGUCGCGACGUCGCCGUCGAUGGAGCAGGGGACGUGGACGGACUUGGGGGAGGUUAUACGGUCGCAGGGUGGGGAUCAGUUCAAUGCGAUCGACCCCAACAUCAUCGAUGACAACGGCUUGAAGCUUGCAUUCGGCUCGUACUGGAACGGCAUGUACCAAGUUGGCUUGUCAGAUAUCAAGACGCGCGCAUCUGACCUACCCGGCACCCACCUCGCAGGCGGCAAUGGGCGCGCCGCCGAGGGCGGCUUCGUCUACAAGCCCCAAGGCUCCCCUUACUACUUCAUGUUCUUCUCCGCCGGCACUACACCUCUCGAGGGGGGCGACUCCCGCCCGCCCGCCGGUUCCGAGUACAAGGUCCUCGUCGGCCGCGGGGACAGCGCCGUGGGACCCUUCCGCGGCCAGGCCGGCCACGAGCUCACCGAGCAGGUGGACCCGCCCACCGGCUCGCUCGUUCUCGGCUCGCACGAUACCGUCUACGCGCCGGGCGGGCAGAGUAUAUUCCUCGAUCCUGUGAGCGGGCGGGAUGUGAUUGUGUACCAUUAUGUGAGGAUGGAGGAGGUUGGGGGGACGUCGUAUUUGGGGAUCAACUAUCUGGACUUCUCGAGUGGGUGGCCGGUGGUGGUGGAGGAAUAG